UGGUCAGCGAUGCCGGGAACUCUCCUCGUGACACGCUGCCGGUAUAAAAACCUAGAGUGCUCUCUUCGCGUAGCCCUGUUUUUUUGAGGGAAAAAUGUAUCGUCUCGGUCAACAGUCUAUUUUCAAGAUCGCUUUCAUAUCCUCUUUAUCUUUUGUGCCACGGGAACAUUUUCAUUUUACGAGACAAUAUAUUAAAAGCUGGUUGUGUAUCGGCUGAUUUUUGAUCAAAUCAUUCGUUUAUCUGCACGAAAAUGCCAAGGACCAAGAAAAAGAACAGCAGGGGGGGGCAGCAAGCUAAUGUGCAGCCUUUCAGUGAUGAGGAUGCCUCCAUUGAGACCCUCAGUCAUUGCAGUAGCUUCAGUGAUGCCACCAGUGUAGCAGAUGAAGGUGGAGAGGCCAGUGAGGAUGCGGCACGGGAAGAGUUCCAGUACAAGUUGAAGGGGUUUAUAGACAGCACAGUGGAUAAGAGUGCUAAGACCAGACAGGGUGCACUGGAUGGGCUUAAGACUGCUAUGGCCACUCGAAUCUUAUACGAGUUCAUCUCAGAAAGAAGGAUGACCAUCACAGACAGCAUUGAACGCUGCCUCAAGAAAGGCAAAGGCGAGGAGCAGCGAGCAGCAGCUUCUUUAGCCUGCCUGCUGUGUAUCCAACUGGGCUCAGGUAUUGAGAGCGAGGAGGUGUUCAAAACCCUGAAACCUAUCUUCAAAAACAUCCUGGCAGAUGGAUCAGCCAACAUACAAGCCAGACAGGCCGUGGCAACAAGUCUGGGCCUCUGUUCUUUAGUUGCAGAAGAUGACAUUUUGGACGUACAUACCACCAUGGAGUGCUUUGAGAAUGUAUUCACCCAGUCUUAUGCGAGGAUGGAUGGUAUGAAUCCUCAAACAAGCCAGCUCCAUACCAACGCCCUGCUGUCUUGGGCACUGUUGCUCACAAUCUGCACUGCCGACCAAAUCAAAGACAUCCUGCGCAAACACCUGACCAAACUGCCAAAGUUGCUGGAGAGUGAGGAUGUCAACAUGAGGAUUGCUGCAGGGGAGACCAUUGCCUUGCUCUUUGAACUGGCCCGAGAUAUGGAUUCUGACUUUGAGUUUGACAGUUGGGAUGAGCUGUGUGAUAAACUGAGCGCUUUGGCCACAGACUGUAACAAGCACAGAGCCAAGACAGACAAGAGGAAGCAGCGGUCUGUGUUCAGGGAUGUACUCAAAGCUGUUGAGGAGGGUGACUUCCAAUCUGAGACCAUUCGCUUUGGGAUAGAACGCAUGACUAUUGAUAGCUGGGUCAGAAAGAGGACCUAUGAUGCCUUCAGAGAGUUUGUGGGCUCUGGGAUGAACUACCACCUACAGGCAAAUGAAUUCAUCAGAGAUGUGUUUGAACUCGGACCACCCAUGUUGGUUGAUUCCGCCACAAUGAAGGCCAUGAAAAUCUCUCGCUUUGAAAGGCAUCUCCACAAUUCUGCUGCCUUCAAGGCUCGGACCAAGGCCAGAAGCAAGUUCAGGGAUAAGAGGGUGGAUGUGGGAGAAUUUUAAAUUUUUUUUUUUUUUUUUUCAUUUUUUUUCCUCACUUUGACUUUGAUAAUCUCUAUCAGGCUGCAUGUUUUAGAUGAAUUGUCACAAAUUUGUGUUCACAUGAUUUUUCCCUCAAUCUAUAUUUUGAAUAUCAAACGUGUUCUGUAGCCUUAAAAGGUGGCUGUUUCACAGAAGCUGUGCUUUGUAGUGGAGAAAACAGCCUUGUUACAGCCACGCUUCAAAUUUCCAGGGGGUGAAUAUUUGAUAAUCAAAAAUUAGGUUUUAGUUGGAGCAUAACUUUAAUAUAUCCACACAUGAACAGUGGUGUUGUACACAUAGUAUACUUUUUUUUUUUUCUGUUACUAUUCAUUGAAGCCUAUUUUUGAACUUUGUAAUAAAUGAAAUAAUUUUGGCUUCAUUUGUUCUACAUCAUAUAGUUUUAUUUAGCAGUGUGACUAACUUAACCCUUUGGAUUUAUAUUAAUUUGCACUAUUUAUUUAACCUUGAGCAGAUCAUUUCUGUAUAACAGUCCAUAUUGUGUUGUAUUUUAGUACUAGGUGUCUAAUCUGGAUGGUGAAGUAAAUACCAAAAAGCUGUAACAAGUGGG